CCACGAAUCCAAAAAAAAAAAAAGAGAAUACAACCCCGCCCCCAAGAGAAAAACAAAAACUAAUGGAGAAUCCGAGCUCAUCAAACAUAGAAAAGCUUCAACAAGAUUGUUAUAAUGAGUGGAUGUGUUUACAAGCCAAACGCAUGACUGAUCUUAAACGAGCGUUAACCAACGGUGAAAAAAACGAAGGCGAGCUUCGAGAAUUGAUACGGACGGUGAUUGAAGAUUUUGAAGACUACGCCGGUAAACGUUCGGAACAUUCUCGUCGUUUUAGCUCAAACUAUUUUGCUCCGACAUGGAACACUUGUCUUGAAAACGCACUUCUUUGGAUGGGCGGUUGUCGUCCUUCUUCGUUUAUACGACUCGUAUACGCCAUGUGUGGGUCUCAAACCGAGCUCCGUCUUGCUAACUUCCUCCAUAACGACAACAUCAUCGGUCUUAGCAUGGCUCUGGAUGAGACACAUGGCAGGAUCGACGUAGGAGGCGAGUCGAUGAGUGAUCUAACGGCUGAGCAAUUAUUCAAGAUCAACGAGCUACAUAUGAAAACGGUGCAAGAAGAGAACAAGCUGACUAAGCAAUCGGCUACUUUACAAGAAGACACGGCGGAUAUGCCUAUCGCCGUCGCGGCGUUCUACAAAGAAAGGAUCGGAGAAGCCGACGUGGAGGUGGAGCGUGCGCUUGAUAAAUACGAAGAGGAAAUGGCUCGUAUACUAGCUGAAGCGGAUAAGCUGAGGUUAACCACGUUGACUAAAAUCGUUGAGAUUUUAACGGCUGUCCAAGCGGCGGAUUUUCUUCUCGCCGGGAAGAAACUUCACUUGUCGAUGCAUGAGUGGGGAAGACUGAGAGAACGUCGCCGGCUUGAAGCUUGCGGUGGUGAACCGGGUGGAGAUUCCGGAGAGUAAUCGUUGUAGAUCGGACGUUAUCAAAUACGAAAUAGAGGACAUCGGGACAAUAAUAUUUUUAAUAUUCGUUUUUGAACCCUUACUUUGUUUGUAGUUACUAGUUACUAGCUACUAGAAUAUUUUAAUACGUAGAUUAGAGGAUGAUAAAAGGUAGAUUGUUUUUUGUCUUGUUUAUGAGCGAAAUAUAUAUGAAUAGGAUGCUAUUAGGUUA